GAAUAAAGCCCUAGCCUUUUAUUUCUUUUAGUAAAAGCAUGAAGAAAGACCAUAGAGACAACAAGUCCAAAUCCAUUGAAGAAAUUUUGAAUGAAGGAUUCUUGAAUGAGAACGAUGUUAAUGCUGCUUUCAUACUUGCUUCAUUCAGGAACGGUGCUCCUGAUUUGGAACAAAAGAGAAGAGAGGUUCUUCGUCGGCUUAAAGGCAAAGUCAAGCAAGACACAGCCGCAAAGAGAGGACAGCUGAUACUGUUAGACAAGUGUGAACCCCCAAAUAUCCCUCCCGUCGCAACUUUGGCCGACCUCAUUGGCGAAUGUAGCAAGCCUUAUUCGAAGCAGCUGACGGAGACUGAUUUGAAGGAUAAUCAAACAAGGCUGAGCUUGAACAAGAAUCAUGUUGGAGAAUCCUUCAUACCACUGCUCAAAGAACAUGAGGAUGUCAACAAGGGAAUCCCGGUCAUUACAUACGACCCGGAAGGGAAGGAGUAUCCAAUGAAAUUCGUUUUCUGGACUUCCAAGAUGUAUGUGCUUACGACUUCGGGUUGGAAAAGGUUUUACAAAGACCAUGCGCUGAAAGAAUCCGAUAUAGUUACUGUUUGGAUGUUUCGCCAUAGGCACACCCACAAUCUUUGCUUUGCCAUCACUUGGAGAAGGUCGCCAACCAAAAGCCACUAGUUCUCAAUAUUAAUUAAUACAUAGAAAUAGAAUAAUGUUUGUAGCACCGACAAGAG